AUGUUACUUACUAAUCGAGUGUUGAUGCCCUUCAACCCCGAUCUUGAAAUCAUAGUUACAGCAGAUGCUAGCCCCUAUGGAAUUGGUGGAUUGUUGUCUCAUCGAUUGGCCGAUGGAUCAGAGCGCCCUGUUGCAUUCACAUCGAGAACUUUAACGGUACAUGAAGUCAAGUAUUCCCAAAUUGAAAAAGAAGCGUUGGCUUUAGUCUUCGUGGUAAAAAAAUUCCACACAUUCUUAUAUGGCAAACACUUUCUGUUAGCAACUGAUCAUCGUCCAUUGACAUUUUUAUUAGGACCUAACAAAUGUAUUCCAACUUUGGCAGCUGCUAGAGUACAGCGAUGGGCGCUGAUUUUGUCAGCUUAUAGUUACGACCUAACUUAUCGCAAAGGUUCGGACAUGUGUCAUGCCGAUGCACUUAGUCGACUUCCAUGUGAACAUGUUAAGCCUGGCCCUGAACACUGCGUAGCGUUCUUUUCAAGUGAUGAUGAGUUGCCUGUAACUCAUAAAGAGAUUAGCCUAGCUACAGUUAAUGACCCAAUUUUGUCAAAAAUCCUUGAUUUUGCACUUCAUGGUUGGCCUAGUCAUAUGGAUGAUACACUUAGACCCUAUUUCCUUAGAAGGGCAGAAAUUUCAGUUGAACGGAAUUGUGUUUUGUGGGGGAGGAGAGUAAUUAUUCCAAGUCCAUUCCGCAAAGAAAUUUUGAACUUGCUACAUCAGGAACAUCCUGGGGAAUCUAGAAUGAAGAGCUUAGCUCGUAGUUAUGUUUGGUGGCCCAAGUUAGACCAAAACAUAGAAGAAACUGUCAAGGAAUGUAAGAUCUGUCAAUCUACCCGUAACACAACUCCACUAGUCCCUUUACAGCAUUGGGCGUGGCCUAAGCAUUGUUGGCAACGUAUUCAUAUAGACUUCGCCUCAUUCAAAGGACAUGAGUUUCUUAUAGUAGUAGACAGCUACUCAAAAUGGUUAGAAGUUUUUCAUAUGCAGACCACGACUUCAGCUAAAACCAUUGAAAAACUUCGAUCAUGUUUUGCCACGCUAGGCUUACCUAGCACCUUGGUAAGCGAUGGAGGUCCACAGCUUACUUCCAGGGAAUUUAAUGAUUUUCUUAAAAGUAAUGGGAUCCUACAUGUAGUCACACCCCCAUACCACCCUGCAUCAAAUGGUUUGGCGGAGAGGGCAGUGCAAACUACUAAAGGUGCAUUUUUGAGACAGUUGCUACAGGACGAAAAUCAACAAUCAAAGCGCACUUUGCAACAUCGUAUUGAUAGCUUCCUAUUUGCUUACCGCAAUACCCCUCAUACGGCAACUGGGUUGACUCCAGCAGAACUUAUCUUUAAUUUCAAGCCCAGAACUCGGCUUAGUCUUUUGAAGCCACACUUGGCAACGGAUUGUGAGGCGAAACAAGUGAAGAUUGAAACUGCUGCCAAUAAACAUAGAGGAUCUGAGAGAUCAUUUCAAGUAGGCCAAAAGGUGUUUGUUAAAAGUGUACGGCAAGAAGAACUAAACUGGCUACCUGGAGUAGUGACCAAAAUUAUCAGUAAUGUGACUUAUCUGGUAAAAACGGAAGGUCGUAGUAGGUUUGUCCAUGCGGAUCACCUGCGGGCAAAUUACUGUAACUCAGAAGAGGAUAUUGUUGUCUUACCUGCUAAUGAGUAUGAAAAAGCGACACUGAGAAACACCCCAGAAAAAUUGAUCAGUACCCCUCAAGAGGAGUUAAGAAGAAGUAAGAAUAAUUCUCCCAUCAAGGACACCACUCCAGUGGUAACACAAGAAACACCACAAAGUUCACCCAUCAAGACUCAGGAGUUAGGCCUACCGAAUAGUCCAAAAGUUUUACCGGUCCGUCGUUCGCAAAGAGAGCGGCGAGAGCCAAAAAAACUAGAUUUAUAA